CACGUUGAUUGCACAUUGACACGAGCCCUCCAAAAUCCAAAACUAGGGAACAAAACUUGCUCGUCGCUGAACAUUGAAUUUGUGUCCGACCCACGCAAACACUGACACAACAGUGAUGGCCGCUAGGCAUUUUCUGCUUCACCGCCUUCGGCUCCGUAGCUUCCAAGGCUUGCCGGUGGCGCCGCCUCAGGGCCACCGUCUGUUGUGCAGUGCCACCUUAUCACCGGAAGAAGCUACCGAGAACGCAUCAGGCGGGACCCACACCCGCAGUUCCGACGUCGAGGUGGAUGAUCCGGAAUGGAGGGACAAAGAGGAGAAGAUUGUGAGAGACAUUGAACCGAUAGUUAAGCUAACCAGACAUAUUCUCUUCUCACCAAGGUACAAGAAUGGGGAACUAUUGACUAUGGAGGAUGAAAGAGCCAUAACAGAAAACGUUCUUAUUUAUCAUCCAGAUUAUGAAGAUAAAAUCGGAAGUGGCUUGUGGGCCAUUAUGUGUUUACCAUGAAAACAGAUUGGAAGAUCCAAGAAAUAGUUUGUUUGUAAUUAGUUGAUCAGCAUCCUGUAUAUCUAUUUCCAAGGUGCCUUUUUGUGGUAAGAACUGACUGUAGCUGGAUCGACUUCUCCUAUCGGGUGUGCCUUGAAGAAUACAUUAAAAAUAAGUACCAAAUAAGUGCAGAAAGGUUUGUUAAUAAAAGGUUUCUUAAAGAUCUUACUAAACGAUGGGGUAUUGGUACUUAUAAUUUGUGAAGUAAAUGGUAGAAGUGACAAUUGGCUGGGAUGUGUAGCUUAUUUCUGAAGGGAGUGUAGAAAAUUAUUGAAGUUAGCUUGCAUAACACUUGUCUUUGUAAAAGUUCAUGAUUAGGUAAACUCGCAGACUGUAAGGAAUAAUGUUUUAUGGAUUGACUGCCUUUAGUAUAGUUACAGUUUUACUAGGAUUCA